CCGAAUAAUAUUCGAACGAGAAUGUUUGAUAUUUAUGAUAAUUUUUUUAGAACAAGCUAAGUUACGUUACUAUACUCCAGUGGAGGUUCAGUGAGAGCUCCAGAAACUAAAAGUUACAACUAGCUACAUUGAAUAAAAGAUAAAUUUUGAAAUGAGGUGCCAAUUGUUUGGUUGUGCAUGGAACCCUUUUACAGUUUUCGUGUCUCCUAUUUAUAGGACCCCGCCUUGGUGACAGUUGGUGUUAGCUUGAUGGCCUCUCGCCUCGUCCUGAGUGGAUGGGGUUGAGGUCUCCUCGCCUUAUCUCCAUAACAAUGGCCCUCCCAUCGGGCCUCCUUGACAACCCUGACAGCCCGGAUGAUUUCAUACCUAGCUCCGUUGAUGUCGACUUAGUACCAUCUUUGUGUCGUUAUCUAGCCCGCCUCUUUGACUUGCUAUCCUCAUCUUGUUAGAUAGGCCUAGAUACUCAUCUUGAUAGGAUGAUUGGAUGAGAACUUAGCCCAUUUACCCACCAAGACUCCAUACUUAGUAUUGGAGGACUUGGUUUCAUCUUGUCGACUUAUCACUUAACUGACUUGUCACCAAGUUCUCCUUGUCGACUUGCUAAUUGCUACCAAGCCCGUCUCAUCGGCUUGAUACCUUCUGGCUUGCCACAAACAUAGGCAGAGGGAGAGCACCUGGGAUGUGUCCCAGGACACAGGUGAAUUCUAGGGGUAAAAAAAACACCCCAUGUAUGUCCACAGCAACCUUCAAACCCAUGACUUCACCUUCGUAUAAGAUUGUUCUGCCACUAGACCACAACUCACUACUUGGUAAUAAUAACAUAAAAUAAAUUUAGGCAAAAUUCAUCUGUGUAGCCAAAACUUUGACGUUUGUGAUAAUAAUAGCCACUUUUGGAGAAAUACCAAAAAUUUGAAAUUCGCAUGACAAAUAUAGCCAUUUCCGUCCAAAAUUUUAACGGUGUUACAAAUUCUGUCUGUUAAGUUAACGGUACGCUAGCUGGAAUGCCAUAUCAUUGCCACGUAAGUGACAACUCACCCUCAUUUGUCACAUAUGUGCCAUGUCACAAUUAUUUAUUUUUUGUUUAGAAAAAAUAACUAUUUUAUUUGUAUUGGUAUCUUUCUCUUUCCUCCCUGCUGUAAGCUUCCAUCUUUUGACGCAUGAUCUAGUCGGAUAUUCCCUCUCCCCCUCCACCACCCCUGUCGCCGACGAGUAAACAUUGGGAGCCUUUGGGUCUUUAAGAACCCCAAACCCAGAAGCAAUUUGAGGCAACCAUUAUCAGACCCUCCUCCGCUCCUUCUUCCCCAAGUGAAAUGCAUAUGUAGAAAGCCACCCAAAACCCCCAAACUAUCAGAUGUAAAAUCCAAAAAUUCAACGUUGUUAAUGGUGGUCGAGCAGACACCAUCCCCAUCGGCGGAAGCCAUAGAAACUCAAAUGAGAGGGUCGACGAUCCUCACCGUCGUUUCCGAUGGCGCCGUCGCACAAAAUCGUUGGUCUUCCAUGGCCUCAAGGAUGCUGAUUGCUCUGCCAUCCUUGAUUUCCCCCUUUCCUGCAACAAAAACCCCAAAAUCCCUAAAUCUCUGUUUUGUUCUCACCAGCGACAGAGAUAGCGAACCCGAAUAUCCUCAUCAUUCGCCAAAAGAUCUAUCCCUCCUCUCUGCAUCUAAACCCCAGCGUAUCCAAGAAAUCAAAACUAGAGCCCAUCGACACAAUCUUCAGAAUAUCCAGAUCUUGUCGUCGUCGAGAACUCGUCAAUCCCGACCCCUAAUCCCUUUCUCCGAUGCGAAUCGAGGGUCAGAGUUCUGUGGCCUCGGAGAACUACAAGGAGUCGGCUCUAGUGGAAUCCAUCUUUGCCACUAAUUUCGAAUCUCCGUCCUCUCCUUCCGUCCAGCUGUGGAGUCGUCUUAUGGCCGACAAGACAAUGGGUGGAGAGAGGGACCACGAUGGAGCGUCUGUCACUUGCUGGUCGGUGUGUGCAGCGGCGUGGCAGUGGGUGGAGAGAGGGAGCACGAUGGAGAUGAGCGGCGACUGAGUGAACGGAAGGGGAAAGAAGAUAGAGGGGAGAAAUGCUUAAUUAAUUUAUUUUUAUUAUUUUUUCAAUAUUUCCACCUCACACCGGUAUUGAUAAAAAUGUUUCUAGAUCAGCUUUUUGUUAGUCUAGUCAGCACGUUAGAUAACAUCGUUAAAAAAUUGGACGAAAGUGGCUAUUUUGUGCAUUUCUCAGAAAGUGGCUAUUAUUGACAAAUACAUGAAAGUUAUGGCUAUACAAGUGUAUUUUUCCAUAAAUUUAUUACUAAUAUACGAAAUUCCAAAUUAAAAUCCCUAAUCAAUUUCUCUCUCUAUCAGACAAUUCCUUUCUUCUUUCAAAACUAGAAACGCGGCUUGCCUGCAGCCGCAACGAACGAAUCCAUUCCUCCCUUCCCUCCAGCCGCGGCGUCAGUGUCGAUGAACUCUGUACCCCUCGUCGACGGCAUUUGCUGCUUUUGAGCAAGAGAAGUUGUUUAGUCUUACUAGAUUUAUCCUAAUGAGUUUGGUUCCAUUCAUGAUCAUUCAACAACAGCUUGUUGGGUAUGGUUGAUGAGAGAUUUGCUGGGUUGAAAGGAAUUGAUGAAUUAUCUCAAGUUAUGGUGAAGACAAAAGUGCAUUUGUCAUAUCCGUCAGCUUAUUUACUUCUGAAGCUAGUUUUGAUUCAAACUGUUGCCAGUUGCAACUGCAAGUGUAGAAAGAGCAUUUUCAGCUUUGAGGUAUAUUAAGAACAAACUUCGAAGUAGAAUUGGUGAUCAGUUUGCUAAUGACUGUUUAGUUGGAUAUAUUUAAAAAGACUUGCUUAUGAGUGUAGACAACGAUGUAUUUUGCGUUUCUUUCAGAAUAUGAAAACGCGUCGUGGUUGUUUGUGAAACAAUGAUUGUAUUAGUCCGUUAUUUCUCUAUUAUCUAUGAAUGAACUAAUGAACUAAUUUCAUAUUGUUAAUUUUAAUUAUAUUUAUUAAAUAAUUAUUUAUGUUUAAAUUUUGAGAAGAGGACACAGGUACUUUUGAAUUCUGGCUCCGCCACUGGCCACAAAGCUCAUAUAACAAACUUGACAUCUUGUAGUCUCUACAACUUGAUACCUCCUGCUAUAAGCCAGUCAUGUCGGCCCCUAUUACCAAGCCACCCAUGCUGGCUUGGUCUCCAUACUUAGUCUUUCGAAUCUUAUCAAGUGGGUUUAGCGGUUAACUUCCUACCCACAACAAAUAGAGAAUGGUGAUAGGUUUCCUAAUUUGGCAAAAGGCAAGGGCAUAGUUAUCUUUAUAGAGAAUGUGUAAAAAUAAAGUGAUGGCAACAAAAUUCAAGCCACUCGUUCCCUUCUUCUCUUCAUUCUCGUCUUCUCACCUCUUUUUUUUUUCUCUACCGACCAAAAAACAAAUCCACUCUUUGAACCAAUGAAAUGAAUAGAAAAAAACACAACUCUUAUUCUCCUUAAGUCCUUCACUCUCGAAAAUUCGUAUCCUAACCGCCACCUCUUCUAUGUCCAAGUAAUCAGAGGAGGGAUGAAGGCCGCAAUAAUAUCGAGGUCUGCCAUCAUCGCUUCUCUCUCUCUCUCGAUUAUCCUCCAGUUGAUAUGAUGUGGAAGCCACCAGAGGGAUUCCUUAGCACGAGGACAAGCGAUUUGUGGUUCGCGGCACAAAAUCUUUUGACCAUCUUACAUUCUUCAUUUGAGCAAAGAAGACGAGGAGGGAUAAUGAUUGUUUCCUUCGUUGAGUGUGGCAUAUUGCCAAUUUUUAGUGGUUAAAAAAUAUUUUCGAUUAUUUAGCGGUUAGCAAGUCAAGAGUCAAGUAUAUUUUGUUUUUCAUAUAAAUGAUCAUUUGAAAUGUAUUAGACCUAUACUUGAUUAAUAGAUUUAGAAAUCUCUGAUUGUGAAUGCCUAGGCUCAUGUUUAGGUAUGGUGAACAAAUCUGACUUCAAUGC